UUGACACUGUACUCCAAGAUGGCGUUUGUUUGGGGCAUAAUUUUGUCUGUCGGACUAAUCCAGGGCGUUUUUAUCAUCAGCAGCUUACAAACUCUAUUCCCUCGCGGUUCAAGAAAGACCUGGCUAUACAAGUUUCUCAAAGGAUUGCAGAUUACGCCUGUCUUGUUUAUAUUUGUUUCAGCAAUUUGGUUCUUCUUCUUGAAGAUUUUGCCAAUAGUGGUUGCUAAUCCAUACUCGUCGCUUCAGGGUAUUUGCUAUAUUAUCGCCGCGUGUUACUUCUGGCUAAACAUGGUAUUUAACUACCUAGCUGCCAUGAUUGUUUCUCCGGGGUAUCCAGAAACGCGUCAAGAGCUUGAAGACGACACUGACAUUCAUCUUGAGUCGUUGAAAUUUUGCACGAAGUGUACACGUGUUCGAGACAGAGGAACUCACCACUGUAGCUCAUGCAACUCUUGUGUUAUGUUCAUGUCGCAUCACUGUCCUUUUACAAACAACUGUGUCGGUUUGAACAACUUUGCCCACUUCUACUUGUUCCUAUUGCAUUGUUGCCUGGGGCUCACUUUUGCCGCAUACUGUACUUACACUCCUUUUACGGUUUGUAUGCUGAACUACGCGUCUCCUUACAGAUCUGGAGUGUGCAAUGAACUGGGUGACUAUGCUGUCAUGUUCAUCGUUGUCAGCUUCCUGUUGGUUUUUGUCCUCAUGAUGUUUUGCUUUCAUACCUUUCUUCUCAUUGUAGACAUGUCAAUGAUCGACUUUUUGAAAAUCUUCCAGAAAUUAACCUGCAAGGACUGGUUAAAAACUAUUUUGAUUGACAGGUGCCUACGUAGAAAGAAGCUGCUUCUGAGGAAACUCUUGCUGUACAGAAGAGAAAGAUGGUGGAAGUUUUUUAUUCCAGGUUUCAAUGAAAUUCCUGAACUCCUUCCACCUGAUGAAUUCCUGGUUUGAAGCAAAUUUAUACCUGGUUGUACUGGAUAACUGGAAGAUAAAACUGCUUACAUGUACGGGCAGCUGUAUAAUUACUUCCUUAGGUACUUUUCAGUAGUUUUUAAAAUUAUUUAUUAUUUAUUAGUGAUCUUGGAACAAGGUCGUUAAUAAUAUCAUGGUUAGAUAUAUCCUCUCAGGCUAAGAGUCACAAAAUAAGUUGGACUGGCAUGUGUAGAAUUUCCCUAUCAUAGAAACAUACAUACCUGCCCCCUAACAAGGGCAAACAAUGUCACUGCCAACAAUGUAUAAGAAUUGGCAGUCAACAUCCUCAAUCACACAACUCAAGCAAAGGGAUAUCAAAAAACAAUACCAUGUUAAUAUUCAAGAAGAAAAAAUUAUGCUGUCCUCUGAUUGAUAAUAAUUGCUCUUUAGUAAAAUACACAGAAAAAAAUGUUCCUUGAUACAAAAUGUAAAUAAAUAAAAACACUACAUAGUGCACUAACUUAUCAAUAUUUAAAUUCUGUAAAAUUGGUGGAAGGCAUUAAACGUCUAUGAUGGUCUAUAAUAUUUUCUAUGGUCAUCUAUGUAUGAAAUAUUCUGUCAAACUGGGGGAAGAGUGUAAAUAUAACCUCUCUUGUAGAAAAAAAGAGAGAUCAGAAAGACCAGAUCAAAGGAUGUUGGAAUUCCUGGGGAGGGAUUUAAUACUCAGCUCUUCAAGCUUUAUUCAGAGAAGUCUGAGGGAAGGUAUGUUUUUUCUUGGGGGGCGGGGGAGGGCUGGGGAAUUUUGGUAUUUUUUUCCAAAAAAAGUGUUGGCCCUCCCUUGCAUUUUAACAAAAAAAACUCCUGACCCCCCACCUUUAGCUGACUGAUAAAAAUGAGACCCUCCCCUCACUACUACAGUCAUGGUAUGUUCCAUGCUGUAGAAACCUCAGAACAUUUCGCUGGUGAAAGCAACAUGUUUGAAUAUAAAUAUAUCUCGAUGUUGAAUGUGUGU